AUGACUCGAGUCACUCUACCCUCCAUCGCAUAUAUUGCAAUGCAGAUCAGAUUUUCCCUCACCUCAUCUCCUGUGUUUUCGCGCACAGACACAGUCACCGACUCGGAAAGGUUCUACAAUUCUGUUUUAGAUAUUUUUGAAGACCCGGACAAGAAACAAGAAGUGAAUGACCUUACUGUAUGGUGGAACAGACAAAUUUUCCCGUUGUACUCGACCGCUCAACGACCGCAGGUGAAGAAUAGUGCACUAGCGAGAAUCCGGGAGAAGCGAGCACGAAUGAAGGAAGUUUCAGCGGGUGAUGGUGAUGGUGGCAGUGUGUAG